AUGUAUAGGUCCAAGACGGGUGCAGCCAACCGUGGCAGCAUCCUCAGCACCCUGAAGGCGACCGAGAUGCUCGACACGAAAGCCAGUCUUCCAGCGGAGAUACUGGUGACGAUCCUCGAUUAUUUACCAGUCGCCGAUCAGCUGCGCUUUGCCCGCGUAUCACACCGCAUGCGAGAUAUGGUUUACGAUGACACUAGAUGGGUCUCAAGAUUAAAGAGCAUGGAUUGUUGGGACGAAGUCGAGGCUCGUCGUCGAUUCGAGGAGGCAGUGCGACGAAGACGAGAAAGUGCAAAUGCAGCGGCAAAACAAGCCAAAGGACUUACAAGCCCCACGCAAUCUACAGGAACAACACUAUUCGAUGCCUCAUUAGAGGAGGCCAAGAAUCGCGCCGUGGCAGAUAUUCAUGAUGGUUUCGAGACGAUGGCGGUGGGGGCUUCAACAAACCCGGCUGAAGACCCGGCAGCAUAUCUGGAUGUCUUCAAAAAAGCAAGGAGCAUCCGGGGUGGCGCGAGGCACGAGUACGGCAAGAUAUACGGCGCUUUGGCUCCCUUCUACUUUGAUCUGGUGAAGGCAAGGUCUCAUGCGGACCCUAUCGUCUUCCAAGCGUUUCGCGACCCAGAGAAACAAGCGCAAAUGCUCGCAAAUCUUAAGAGAUUCGCCCAUAGCGAUUGGUCAACUGGAUGCCAGGAGCGAGAGGAGAAGCUCUCAUCAAUGAUGGGGAUCUUCGAGAGUGCUGUUCUACGGGAGUUUGAGCAAGGAUACGAAUUCUGGGAUGUUGACGGACGAAUGCAUCGCUACGCACAUGUACUGCACACACUUGAUGGCGCCACUGGAGGGAUAGAUCUCUUUGUGCAUAAGCACCCCAUUUUCAACGAUGAUGAGUUAUUGGUGGUGAACGCGAUGGACUGUCUCAACCAAGCGACGCAGGAUGAAAGCAUCAUACUCGAACCUUCACGGCUUUUCUUCGAAAAGCUGCUGGCCAAAGUUAACGAGCAGGCCUCAGUGAUGCAACGCAUAUUUCCUAAUCCCGAACGUGUGUUCUGGAUAUUUGUGGAAAAGGUCAGGGAGGAUAUCAUCAUGGAGUAUUCAACACCGCUGUUCGACGAGGCACAUGAACGUAGCAUGGAAGCUUAUUUGAAAGCCGUGUCUGGCGUCUUUGAGCAGACAAUGCUUUUCUUUCAAUCUCUUACACCCCCUGAGGGGUCUAAGCGAGAUGUCAAAGAGAUGGCAAAGGAGCUUUCACUGCGCGUUUUCGAGCCGCAUCUCGACUUAUACCUCCAGGCUGAGCUAGACUUCUUCACAAAUCACGCUGAUACAGAAGUGGCAAGGUGGGAGAAGAAGCUCUCUGAGCAGGACUCAUCCCUAGAGUCGUUCUAUAUGUCAAACAUCAAUCGCUCAGCCGACAAGAAGGACUUUUUGAGCUCUUUCAAGAAGGUCGUUAUGAUGCCUGUUACUGUGCUACCGAGCUUUCCAAUGGGAUCUCCUUUCGCAACUAGCAAACCCGCAUCAUCGAGACCUACAUCAACAGUACCAAAGGAGCUGAAUGGCUCUGGGACACUUACACCGCAGCCCUCACGACCGGAGACACCCAGUCUGGCACUUGAUGGCCAGAGGACGCCAUUGCCUGCCCAGGCACCAACAGAUGAACUGGCAGCCAAGGCAGCAAUUAUGGCGUCGAAGCUUGAAGGUAUCAAGUCGCUUUUCAGCAUUGAGGUGGCACUCAACCUGGUGCACGCUGCCAAAACCAGCCUGGGACGUGCUUCAGUCUUCAUUAGCCUGGGUGGACAAGCUGGUGGAGAAGCUCGAGAGCAGUGUGCGACCAUAUUCAUAGUGUUGUUGCGUAUCUUGGGACAGAAGCAUAUCAAGACGGGCUUUGAUAUGGCUGUCGACCAUCUGUCGCACUAUAACCCGCGAGAGGUUAAUGAUCAUAACAAAGCGGGCGUGGCACCACUUGUCACUUUCAUCGAACUUGUUAACGUCGGUGACCUUAUCUCACAGAUGAUUGACGUUUUCUAUGAGCAGCAACUUGCCACCCCGAAAAUUGCUGACCGCAACGAUUUCUUGGAUCCAGCAGGUCUGGCCAAGAAGAAGUUUGAGCAAAUGCUCGACGAGAGUGUUGCUGCCGGCCUAAACAAGGGUAUCGAUGUCCUGAUGGACGAGGUUGAGUAUCUUCAGGGCACAACUCAACCACCCACAGACUACAACCCAGUUGAUUCCUCAGCUGCUACAUCGUCCUCUGCCUUUGGCGGCAGCUCUAGCACCGCCGAGAAGCCUGCUGUGCCUGCUGCAGAGCCUGAUAUUGGUCCCACAGCCACAGCAAAGCGCAUUGUAGAGCUUGUCUCAUCGCACACAAAAAUGCUUGUGGGUACAACAGAUAAGUCGAUGCUUGAUGUAUUCAACGGCGAGGUUGGUCUUCGUCUUUUCACAGCGAUCUGCAAACAUCUCAAGCGACAACGAAUCAGCACCGAGGGCGCGAUUACUCUCAUUGCUGAUAUGAACAUCUAUUAUGAGUACAUUCGGACGUUGCGCAACCCUGAUCUGCUCGCAUACUUUGCUGCCCUUCGUGAGCUAAGCCAGAUCUUCCUGAUUGACCCUCGACAUGCGCGUGAGAUGGCCACAGUCAUCGCAGAUGGCGAUCGAUUUGGUGGCAUUUUCCGUGCCGAAGAAGUCUACGAGUAUGCGCAGAGAAGGGCGGACUGGUAUCAAGUCAGAAAAAGUGUCGAGAGAGCAAUGUAUGGGCUUGAGUGUGUGCUCAUGUAA